CGCACUACGGCUGACCCCACCGGUUUCUGCGUGCGGUGCCACGUUAGUAGCGGUAGACACAAAAUACCAGCUACUCUCCCAACCUUAAACAAGGAAAAAGACCAAAACUAAGGCCAAUUUCACAGCUAAACCGUAGCCGAGCGUGUCUGCAGCUCUCGUCUCUCCACCAGGAAGAAUACUCGACGGCAACUAUGUUCAAGUUUCUGCUCAUCUGCACACUGGCUGUGGCCAGCAGAGCCGAGAUCAGUGAGGAAGAAGAUGUCCUGGUGCUGAAGAAAAGUAACUUCGACGAGGCUCUCCAAGCUCACCCUAACCUCCUGGUUGAAUUCUAUGCCCCAUGGUGUGGUCACUGCAAGGCCCUGGCUCCGGAGUACGCCAAGGCCGCCGGCAUGCUGAAGUCAGAGGGUUCAGAAGUCCGCCUGGGUAAGGUGGAUGCUACGGAGGAGACAGAACUGGCUCAAGAGUAUGGCGUCCGGGGGUAUCCCACCAUCAAGUUCUUUAAGGGCGGAGAGAAGGAGUCACCCAAAGAGUACUCUGCUGGCAGACAGGCAGAUGACAUCGUCAGCUGGCUGAAGAAACGCACAGGCCCAGCCGUCGCCACCCUGGCAGGAGUCACUGAGGCAGAAUCUCUGAUUGCUGACAGUGAGGUGGCAGUCAUCGGAUUCUUUAAGGAUGCUGAAUCUGAUGGUGCCAAAGCCUACGAAAAAGCAGCUGAAGCCACAGAUGACAUUCCCUUCGCCAUGACCGCAGACGAUGCUGUUUUCUCCAAGUUUGAGGUGUCCAAGGACAGCGUUGUCCUCUUCAAGAAGUUUGAUGAAGGGCGCAAUACCUUUGAUGGAGAGCUGACCAAAGAAAACCUCCUGUCUUUCGUCAAGGCCAACCAGCUGCCUCUGGUCAUUGAGUUCACAGAGCAGACCGCCCCUAAAAUCUUUGGUGGAGAAAUCAAGUCCCACAUCCUCAUGUUCCUGCCCAAAACUGCUGAUGACUUCCAGGACAAAAUGGACCAGUUUAAGAAAGCUGCAGAGGGAUUCAAGGGUCAGAUCCUGUUCAUUUUCAUCGACAGCGAUGUGGAUGACAACCAGCGCAUCCUGGAGUUCUUCGGCCUGAAGAAAGAGGAGUGCCCCGCCAUCCGCCUCAUCACCCUGGAGGAUGAGAUGACCAAGUACAAGCCUGAGACUAAUGACAUCACAGCAGAGAGCAUCAUUCAAUUCUGCAAACUGUUCACUGAGGGCAAACUCAAGCCCCACCUCAUGAGUCAGGACAUCCCUGAAGACUGGGACAAAACCCCUGUCAAGGUUUUGGUCGGCAAGAACUUCGAGGAGGUUGCUUUCGAUUCCUCUAAGAAUGUCUUUGUGGAAUUCUAUGCACCUUGGUGUGGACACUGCAAACAGCUGACUCCCAUCUGGGAGAAGCUGGGAGAGAAGUAUAAGGACAGUGCUGACAUCAUCGUGGCUAAGAUGGACUCCACAGCCAAUGAGAUUGAGGCAGUCAAAGUCCACAGCUUCCCUACUCUUAAGUUCUUCCCUGCUGGAGAUGAGCGCAAGGUGAUUGAUUACAACGGGGAGAGAACACUGGAAGGCUUCACUAAGUUCUUGGAGAGCGGUGGUAAAGAGGGUGGUGCUCCUGCAGGAGACGAUGAUGACGAUCUGGACGCAGAGGAUUUGGAUGAUGUGGAUGAUGUGCAGGAUGAGGACUCUGAUGGUGAGGACACUGAUGGACAUGAUGAGUUGUAAGACCUGGCAGAGGAGAGAGAGAGGAGACGAGUCCCGCCCCAACCCCUUCCAACCAGUCACUACCACCACCUUCACUUCCUUGUGGACCUUCCCGUUCCUGUGAACAUUAAUAUUUCCCCUUUAACUGCCUCUCAGUCAGUCAGCCGGCCCGCUGUCCAGCCCGCCGCUCAGUCAGUCCAUCAGUGGCGUGGCAGGGCAUUUCUUGCCAGCUACAUCUCCAACCUCGCAACUUCUGGCCAGACUCGUCUUGUCCCACCCAGGGGGACUCUGUGGAACAGCGCACCACCUCUAUGGAAGACCUCAAUGCCUUCUCUACAAAGCUCCACAUCAGCUGUUUGCCUUGUAUAUUUUAAACCAAAUGUUAAAAUGGCAUUGAGAUCCAGUUUGCAAAAUGUUUGUUUUUUCCUGUUGAAUUAGCUCCCCUCCUCUUUAAAAAAAAAAAACAAAAAAAAAACAAAACCCUUGCCAUUGUUUAAUGUGGGUACGAGCUAAA